GUGAGUGUAGGGGUGCGCAAGUCUGAGAAGGACAGUCAAAAAGCUGAUGGGGCAAAGACUGUUGGGCUGGAUGUGCACACAUUAACAGUUUUUGCUCUGACGUUUUAAAAUUGUAGUUAAAUGUAUCCCCCCCCACCCUCAAUUCUGAUAAAAGAGAUGACUUAGCCGCAAAUCAGAGACGCAAUUGACAGCUGUCAUGAGUAAGUGAAUCACUUAGAGAGCUGCGGGCAUGAAUACUAUAGGAGUCUCAUUUUUGGAUCCCUUGGAUGACUAUGAGAUUAUUCAUCGGAUCGGGAGUGGCACUUAUGGAGAUGUCUUUAAGGCUAGAAACAUCAGGAGCUCAGAAAUGGCUGCUAUCAAAAUGGUUAAACUGGAUCCAGGUGAUGACAUCACUACCAUCCAACAGGAAAUCACAAUGAUGAAAGAGUGUAAACAUAAAAACAUUGUGGCCUAUUAUGGCACCUACCACAGGAACACUAAGCUGUGGAUAUGCAUGGAAUACUGUGGGGGAGGAUCACUGCAGGAUGUCUACCAAGUAACUGGCCCUUUGAAGGAAAAACAGAUAGCUUACAUCUGCAGGGAAACACUCCAGGGUUUGAACCAUCUCCAUGAAGCAGGCAAAAUACACAGAGACAUUAAGGGAGCUAAUAUUCUCCUUACUGAACGUGGAGACGUCAAAUUGGCUGAUUUUGGGGUUGCAGCUGAGAUCAGUGCCUCUGUUGCCAAGAGGAAGUCCUUCAUUGGAACUCCCUACUGGAUGGCCCCUGAGGUGGCAGCAGUGGAAAAGAAGGGUGGCUAUAACCAUCUGUGUGAUAUCUGGGCAGUGGGCAUCACCGCCAUCGAGCUGGCAGAGCUACAGCCACCCAUGUUUGACCUUCAUCCCAUGCGAGCUCUGAUGUUGAUGUCUAAGAGCAGCUUUCAGCCUCCCAAACUCAAAGACAAAAGUAAAUGGUCUGCAGGUUUUCAUAGCUUUGUGAAGAUGUGUUUGAUCAAAAGUCCUCGCAAGAGGCCGACGGCAGAAACAUUACUCCAGCACCCGUUUGUAACACAGUUAUUGACUAGAAAAUUAAUGAUUGAACUGCUUGACAUGGUAAAUAACCCAGACCUCCACCAAUCUCCCAGCUUUGAUGAGAAUGAAGAGACAAAUGAUACAGCCCCAGAUAAAAUACAGUCUAAAGGAAAACAUAUGCCAGUGGAGAGAAGUUUAUCUGAAGAACAAUUUGACCAGGUCAAGUUUACCCCUCCAAGGAGGAAAGAGACUGAACCCUACCCUGACCUGGGGUCAUGCGAUGAUUGGAGCAUAUCUGGAGCUGAACCAGAGUCACCGGGUCUGUUGGAGAGUGUGGAGGAGGAGUUGCAGCAGAGGAGUUUGACAGUUAAAAGGCUGUCUUUUUUUGAGUGGAGUGAGAGGAAAAGUGGACUGUUCAUCCCACCACCCGCCUCUGCUACAGCAUCACUACCUCACAUGAGAUCUUUAGGCUCCGAUCUGGAGGACAAAGACCUGACGCUUCGACCAAGUGCUACUCUGUGCCCUGAUACUGCACCAAAAUCAGUGCUGUUGAGGUGUUCAGGCAGUCAGGAUGUGCGGCAGUGGUGCAGUGGCCCUUGUGUUCCUGAUGGGAAAGAUACGCAGGAUCAACAGAAGACUCUUACAAGAACUCUCAGCAGAGACACGCCUCUCUCCCCGGAGUGGAGCACCAUGAGGAAGAAAACUGAAGACUCUAGAGCUGAUUCUCAUGGACUUCCUCCCACUCCCCAAGUCUAUAUGGGAGCCUGUUUUACCAAAGUCUUUAAUGGAUGCCCACUGAAAAUUCACUGUGCUGAGACAUGGGUUUUCCCCAAAACUAGAGAUCAGUAUCUAAUUCUAGGGGCAGAGGAGGGUGUCUACAUUCUUAACUUAAAUGAGCUUCAUGAAGACACCUUAGAAAAGUUGCUUCCACAGAGGUGCACUUGGCUUUAUGUCAUGAAUAAUGUCUUAAUGUCCAUCUCUGGAAAAUCAUCUCAGCUCUACUCUCAUAGACUAACGGCUCUGUUUGAGCAAUGUGGGCACUUACAGAGGAAGCAGGGUCACUUGUCACUCGGCACUAACCGAUUCACAGAUCGGAUCAUCCACAGGAAGUUUGCUGUGUCUGUGAAGAUCCCAGACACUAAGGGUUGUCGAAAGUGCAGUGUGGCUCGUAAUCCAUACACAGACAGCACUUUCCUGUGUGCUGCUGUUCCCUCUGGACUUGUUCUGCUGUUGUGGUAUGAACCAUUGCAGAAGUUCAUGCACCUGAAGCACAUAGCGGUGCCCCUUCCAGACCCAUUGCCCGUCUUUGAGCUUCUUGUGUUAAUGACCGAUGAGCUUCCUCAGCUCUGUGUGGGCGUCUGGAAAUGCCCCCCUAGAAAUGAUGACCAGCAAAAAGAGCAACAGCUAAAGUUUGACAUCAUCCAACUGAACGGCAUGCCCAGUCCUCAGGCAGACAGUGAGACAGUAAGAGCUGUACAAGUGACACAGCUGGACAGAGACACGGUCUUGAUCGCACUGGAAAAAACAGUGAAAAUUGUCAAUAUGCAAGGUGUCCCCAGCAAGGAGUUAGCAUCUGAACUGGAGUUUGACUUCCCUAUUGAGACUUUAGUUUGUUUAGAAGAAAGUGUUUUAGCCUUCUGGAAACAUGGGCUGAAAGGGUGCAGUCUGCACAACUGUGAGAAAACACAGGAAAUCACAGACGAAAGCCGAGUGUUUAAAGUUUUAGGCACACACAGAGACAUUGUUUUACAAAGCACCCCGACUGAAAACCCUUUAGCUACUAGCAAUUUAUACAUUUUGACUGGUCACGAGAGCAGCUACUGAGGAAAUGCCAGCGGACAGAACAGGGAGGAAUCUGGAGAUCUUGUUGAUAUUAUGCUUCAUUAAUAAAUAAAUAGACCUUCGAGAGGCAGGACACAUGAAAGCUGGUAUAACAGUGACUGUAAGAACUGUACUUCUUCCUCUGAAUGCAUGUACUGCCCUCCUGUCGAUCUCACUGGUACACAUUUUGAGGGUACAGAAAGUAAAGCCUCUCUUUGAUUGUCCCUCUAAAGGUGUUUUCUUUUUUGAUGUCGAUUAACAUAAAAUACCUUCGUAACGUGUUGUCGAUUAAUGAGUGUUGGAUUAAACAUCUGUUUUUAAGUAAAAAAAUAAUGUAGUCAUUUUGUAAUAAAUGGACUAUAAUACUGAUAAACUGAUUAAAUCAAACUGUACCAAAUA